UGUGUAGAUGGUUCCCACGACUGCGGACGUAACCCUUGUAGAAAUGGGGGCACGUGUUUCAGGGAAUGCGACCAGUGUUCUCAGCGCUGCGUCUGCCCUGCUGAAUUCACGGGGACACAGUGUGAAGUCGCAAAAUGCUUUGAUGAGACUCUCUUUGAAUAUUUUGAAAUUGGAGACAGCUGGGCCAGAAUCUACCAAGGCUCAGUUCAAGCAUGCACCUGUCUUAACGGCACAACCGACUGCCAUCCGGAAAUGUAUACAGGCUGUCCCUCCAACCCCUGCCUGCCCCGGGGCAGCCGCUCUUGCAGGAGGACCCUCUUCUCCGACAGGACCGUCUGCGUGUGCAACCACCUUUUCAGAGGGAGACAUUGCAACAUGGCUCCAAGUCAAAGUUGUUAUUUGGGCAAUGCGACCAAUUACCUGGGCCUGGCCAAGAAGACCAUUUCUGGAGAGGAAUGUCUUCCGUGGACUUCCGACCUCUUCUCCUACGACGACCCUCAAACAAACACGGUGCAGCUGGGAUUGGGCUCACAUUCCUACUGCCGAAGCCCAGAUGAGGACGAGCAGCCCUGGUGCUAUUUCAUUAAGGACGGCAGACUGUCCUGGGAAUACUGCAAUGUGUCAACAUGCCGAAAAAGGAGCCAGCAUUGUCCGAAGACUUUUCCGUGGUCAUGUGGCCAGCAUGGCUACACGUCAAAGGGGCAAGGAACGCGAUUAUCUUCCCACCAAAGUGGAAGCGGGCGCAGGCAGCCGCCACCGCCACCGCCAACCUUUUUUCCAGAAGUCGUGGAUGAGUUUGCCGUGGUCAAGAAGUCAUGUGGGAGGAGGCACAAGAAGCAGAAGUUUGUAAGACCCAGGAUUGUGGGGGGAUCUUCUGCCUUGCCAGGAUCCUACCCAUGGCUGGCCAGCAUCAACGUGGGCAGGAAUUUCUGUGCCGGAAGCCUUAUUCGCUCUUGCUGGCUGGUCACAUCGGCCCACUGUUUUGCUCACAGCCCGCUGACCUCAACCAUCCAUGUGGUUCUGGGGCAACAUUUUUUUAACAAAACGACAGACGUCACUCAAGAGUUUAAGGUAGAGAAGUACAUCCUGCAUCCUGACUACUCCGUCUUCAACCCGACCGAAAACGAUAUCGUUUUAAUUAAACUCAAGAAAGUCAGACAACGCUGUGCGGUGAGAUCCCGGUUUGUUCAACCCAUUUGCCUGCCAGAAGCUUCCAUGUCCUUUCCAGACCAUUACAAAUGCUACGUUGUCGGAUGGGGAUACUUGCACGAAAAUUCAUCCCGAUAUUCCAAUGUGGUGCAAGAAGCAUUAGUUCCGAUUAUCCCGGAUUACAAGUGUCAAAACGCGGACGUUUAUGGAGCUGAAAUCAGUGACAAUAUGUUCUGCGCUGGGUACCUUGACGGCAGGACAGACGCGUGCCAGGGAGAUUCGGGGGGGCCCCUGGCCUGCGAAAGGGAUGGAGCCUUUUACCUCUACGGAAUCGUCAGCUGGGGUGACGGCUGUGGCAAGGCCAUGAAGCCGGGAGUUUACACCAAGGUGACCAACUACAUCAAUUGGAUCAACCAGGAGAUACAACGCCCGCCCAAAGGAUAAGAAUGGCUUCGUAGAGCGACCGAUCCCCUUCGCCUGAUACCCACAGGAAUAACUUCCCUAGUCGUUCUUCUUGACAAUACCAAAGGCUCUUCAUACCAAACGUUGUUGGUGCUGGCAGAACUAGGGGAAAAAAGCGGACUCCAAAAUCCAAGAUGUCCUUCAAGGAAGUCAAGAUUUUCACGUUUCUGUGCUGUGGGACGGACUUGCUGUUCUUCCCUUGGGAUUUCUGCCCGAUUUCCAAUGAACCGCGUGGGAGAGGGCAGAGGGGUGGGUCCGAAUAACAAGAGUUGGAAGGGACCUUGGAGGUCUUCUAGUCCAACCCCCUGCUCAGGCAGGAAACCACUUCAGACAAAUGGUUGUCCAAUCUCUUCUUCAAAACUUCCAGUGUUGGAGUGUUCACAACUUCUGGAGGCAAGUUGUUCCACUGGUUAAUUGUUCUAACUCUCAGGAAAUUCCUCCUUAGUUCUAAGUUGCUUCUCUCCUUGAUGAGUUUCCACCCAUUGCUUCUUGUUCUACCCUCAGGUGCUUUGGAGAAUAGUUUGACUCCCUCUUCUUUGUGGCAACCCCUGAGAUAUUGGAACACUGCUAUCAUGUCACCCCUAGUCCUUCUUUUCAUUAAACUAGGCAUACCCAAUUCAUAAAACACAAAAUUACAGAGUUGGAAGGGACCU